GCAUCCGCCUUUCUCCCGCGAGGUUUUAACGUCAGGUGAAAUGGUGAUGUUUUGCAACGCCGGCGAAAGUCGGACAUAAUUUCUAACUAGCAUGCCUGAUUUUAAGUCCAGGCAUAGUUUCCAUCUGCCAUUAAACAAGGAGCAGGAGUGGUUGUUCUUUGGUGUUCUCCCCCGAACAGCAGCAAGGGGAAACAAAGCCCAUUCCACACUCGAAAACAGACUUCAACGAGCGACAACACACUAACUACAUUUCCCAGAAGCAGCAGCGGCUGUGUGAUAUAGGUUACUCAACCACUGUGGAGGUAAACAUGGCGGCUGUCGGACCUCUAGGAAGAAGAAUUGCCAAACUGGCCUCCAGCAUCUGCAGGAGCCAUGAUUUAAUAUUUAACAGAAGUACCCAGAGACGAGGAAUAGCUUCAAGUAUCGACCCUUCUCGUGGACUCACAGAUGAACAGAAGGAGUUUCAAAAAGUGGCCUUUGACUUUGCAGCCAAUGAAAUGGCCCCACACAUGGCGGAGUGGGACCAGAAGGAAAUGUUUCCAGUAGAGACGAUGCGAAAGGCAGCCCAGUUGGGAUUUGGUGGGAUCUAUGUUCAGCCGGAUGUCGGAGGGUCGGGUCUUUCUCGGUUGGACACAUCGGUCAUCUUUGAGGCCUUGUCCACAGGAUGUGCCAGUACCACAGCUUACAUAAGUAUCCACAACAUGUGUGCGUGGAUGAUUGACACCUUUGGCAAUACUGAGCAGAGGGAGAAGUUCUGUCCCGAUCUCUGUUCAAUGGAAAAGUUCGCUUCCUAUUGUCUCACGGAACCAGGCAGUGGCAGUGAUGCUGCUUCACUUCUGACCACUGCACAGCUGAAAGGUGACCAUUACAUCUUGAAUGGUUCAAAGGCCUUCAUCAGUGGAGGAGGAGACACAGACAUCUAUGUUGUGAUGUGCAGAACAGGAGGAAAAGGACCAAAGGGCAUCUCAUGUUUGGUGGUAGAGAAGGGAACCCCAGGCCUCAGUUUCGGCAAAAAAGAAAAGAAGGUGGGUUGGAACUCCCAGCCAACCAGGGCCGUGAUUUUUGAGGAUUGUGCUGUUCCAGUGGCCAACCGGCUUGGUGAGGAAGGACAAGGGUUCAGCAUCGCCAUGAAAGGCCUGAAUGGAGGCAGGAUUAAUAUUGCAUCCUGCUCUCUUGGGGCGGCACAUGCCUGCGUACAGCUAGCUCGGGAUCAUCUGCUGGUACGCAAGCAGUUUGGAGAGGCACUCUCCAACAACCAGUAUCUUCAGUUCAAACUGGCAGAAAUGGCCACCAAGUUGGUCGCAUCUCGCCUUCUGGUGCGUGAAGCUGCGACAGCGCUGCAGGAGAACCGGCCUGAUGCAGUUUCUCUCUGCUCCAUGGCAAAGCUUUUUGCAACAGAUGAGUGCUUUGAUAUUUGCAACCAGGCUCUUCAGAUGCACGGUGGGUACGGUUACCUCAAAGACUACGCAGUGCAGCAGUUUGUCCGGGACAUCAGAGUACAUCAGAUCCUAGAGGGCACAAAUGAGGUGAUGAGGAUGAUCAUUUCCCGAAAUCUGCUGACGGAGUCAUGAUAAAUCUUUUUCCCUGGGUCUUCAAGUGACUUCAAGUGACGAUAUGUUAUGGUCGUGAUCUCUGGUUUGUUUCUGUGUUACUGGUUUCCAGAAAUGCCCUCUGCAUUGUAGGUUUUCAAAAGGUCACAAAGGUCAUUGCAGGAUUCGGGGUAACCCAGUCUGCAAAACAUAGGUUUUUCCGGUAUAACAUCGGGUCUUGUCCACUACAUUGGCAGCAAGGUCCUAGGGACAGCAAUGUUGAUUCAUUUGUCUGUUGUGUAACAUUGGUCCAGAGUGAAAUAUCUUUGUAACAAUUGCACAGAUUUACAAGAAAAGGUGCAUUCAUGGUUUAAAGAGGAUUAAUCCAAAUGACAUUGGCAACCCCAACUUUUCAUGUAGCGCCACCUGCAGGUCAAAUUUCAACACUUCUUCUAAAUGUAUUUACUGAAUUUCAUGCUAUAUUUUGAGAUUAAUGUUAAAAAGCUAUUAGUAGCAUAUUACAUACCAACAUUAGCAUUCAGCUCAGUUCACAGGUGAAUGUAAGGUUUAUUUAAAUACAGUAAGCAACUGAUGAAUUCUGAUAAUGUCUGCAAAAUUUGACAACGUUCAGGUGAGCCCGAGUGAUGUCCUCGCCACGGUACAUGGGAAAAAGACUAAGAGUCUACAGCAUACUAGCUGCUCUGUAGGACGUACUUAAGCACAGCAGUGCUUUGAGUUAAACGACAACGUGCUAACAUGCUCACAAUGACGAUGCUAACAUGCUGAUGGUUACCAGGUAUACUUUUUUUUUACCAUGUUUAGCCUGUUAACAACAUUGGCUAAUUAACACAAACACAAAUUACAGGUGAGGCUGAUGGGAAUAUCAUUAGUCUGCAGGUUUUUAAUCAUAAAAAACAAAAACUUAAAUUAUGAACUGAUGAUGGUGCUGGAGGAAAAGGGAAGGGAUCACCAAAAGUCCAAUUCAGCCUGAGAGGGAAAUGAACAUGUGGAACAAAUCCCCACAGUCUGUCCGAUUUGAAUAAUUUCACUAAAAGCCAAAGAGGUGAACAUCAUGGUGGCUCUAGAGGAAAAAUCAGAGGCUCAUCAAAGUCAUCAGGAUUUAUCCACUGGGGACCACAAAUGUAUAUACAUUUUAUGGCAAAUCAUCCAAUAGAUAUUGAGAUAUUUCGCUCUGGAUCAAAGUGGUGAACCGACAGACCCACAUCACUAGAGCCAUGCUGCUAGCACAGCUAAAAACUGUCUUACUUUUGGUAACUACAUAGAAUUUUUUUCCUGGCGCUCCCUCCAUAAAUGAAAAUAAAAUAUUUACAUUUUGUUUUGAUUUUUCAUCCAAGAGUUUUUAGUAUUCCUAUAAAAAGCUGCAUGUCACAACAGUUUCACUCAUUUGUGAAAAUAGUUUUAGAUAAAUAGUUUUGAUAAAUUUUUUCCUAUUGCUUUAAAGGAUUUAACACCAAUUUCAUUGGUAGUAAAACAGUUAGGCUGUUCUAUUGAAUAUCCCAUGCAGUCUCAGAAAGUGGCCUUUUGAGAUGGUAUUUAUUAGGGAUGCACUACUCUGACUUUUUCAGCCCCAAUACCAGUACCUGGGCUUUGGGUGUUGGCCGAUGCCGGAUACCGAUCCAAUACCAGUGUAAAAUAAGCUGUAUUGUAGGAAAAGACUGGGAAUCAUUCUUUUAUGUGUAAGGCAACAUCAGUCUUUACUUAAACAACUUUUACAAAUUUGUAAAACAAAAUGCUAUGUUAGCUAGCCUAGCAAAAUAUUUGGGUCUACCACCGCACUGUUGGAGCAUGGCAUACUAUGCCCUGUAAUUGAAUUGAUCGCCCCCCUUGUCACCAAUUCCAGAUCCAGCUAUUUCAGUCAGUAUUGGGCCGAUAUCAGUAUUGGAUCAGUGCAUCCCUAUUUUUUAUCUUUAUGGUUACUGUAUACUUACAUUACGUAGUAUGUAAAAAGCUACAGUAAAACCAAGUGUACAGUGUACUACACGAGAUAAAAAUAUUUAAGUUGUGUACUGUGGGUUAGGUAUUGAAAUAUCACUUUGCAAAUAAUAUUUGCUGAUCACUCCGAAUAAAAUCUCAACUUUCA